CAUCUUCCCUCUCCUCUCCAACUACACACACCAACACCACUCUCUCUCUCUCUAAAGAUGUCUCAUCUCCCUCCCCUUUGCCUCCCCGUCCUGGAGAAACCCCCUGCCUCCGAGUUAACCCCGACUCGACUCGGUUUCCCCACCGAGUUCCCUUACGAGUUCGACUCUCCAGCUUUCACCUCCCCCGGCGACUCCACCGACGAGAGCAGCGACGACGAAGAAGGCUUCCUCGCCGGGCUAACUCGCCGACUCGCUCCCUCGACUCACCGCCUCCCUCCUCCUCCCUCCAAGGUCGCAGCUACUUCGCCGCAGUCAACGCUGAGUGGACUCGGAAGCUACUCGAACUCGGGAAGCAGAAGCCCUGUUCUCCCACCACCUUCUCAUGCGACGUCGUUUCGUAGAGACAGUGUCUUGGAUGUGAUCUCUGCCGCGGCUGGAGAGGUAGCGAGACUCAAACUCGGAAGCUACGAGCCUCAUCAUCACGUUCCACGUCAAAACGCUGCGUUUCAGACCGACCGUUAUAUCCAGCAGCAGCGUCUCCUCCUUCACCACAUGUGGCUCUCUUCUCAGUCAAGAAUCAAGUCCUCGGAAAAUGCUUUAUUAACCAACGCUGCGUUGAUGCGUCAGCACGCCGGAACUCCGAUGAAACGUCCUUCUACCGGCACCGGAGUUUUCAUUCCUCGGAGAUACCCAACAACAACAACACCUUCAGAGCCCAUCAAGAAACCAUUACCAGUCAACACAAAAGUCAACUAUGAUGAGUUCAUCAACGUUAAGUCAAGACAAAGCCAGUUCGAUUACGAGUGCAUGGUAGCAAGAAGUAAACUACUAGCUCGUCAGGGAAACUACAGAGCAGUUGGUUGUCUGAAUCAAGAGAGACGUCUUCCUCAGGACUGGAUGUACUGAGACUUGUUUGUUUUUGUCUCGGAAGGAGCGUUAGUUAGAAGUGGUUUGGUUUUAGGUUAUAAACUUGAGAUUGUUAUGGUUACUGGUAAUAAUAAGGAUUUGGAAAUCCAAAUAAAAGUAGGGGAUAUUUACAAGUGUGUUACAUUAGCAUAAUAUUUUAUAUGUAUUUUUUAGUCACUUAGACCAAAAAGCUCUCUGUAAUUUUUAUUUUGUUGACCUUGGGAAGGGUUCAAGGGAGUUGAGUGGAGUGUUGUACUAUUAUUUUUUUCACUUUAGUCGACAUGUUAAGUUUCAAAAUGUGUUGGGUGGGGGGAUUUUUUGUUGUUAUUUGUUGUAUUAAUUUCAUAGUUUUAUCUCCUAUUUCUGGAGGAUCUAAUGGGGUUGUAAUAAAAAUAUCGGAAAUAUUUUGUUUCUUUAUUUCUUACC